AAUUUUAGGUAUUCUUCGUUGAAAUAUCGCGGUGAGGACACGUUUUGCGGUUAUAAUAAAAACCAUGUGGUGAAUUGUUGCGCGACAGGAUAAAUUUUAUUUAAUUAAUUUCAAAUUCAUACAAAAAUUCCAAAGUUUUCAUAUAAGUCCAGUUUUUGUUUAAAAACAUUACAUAAUGGUGGAUUCUGGUUGUCCCUGCGGCAAGGACUUGCUGGUGGGCAUUGGGAACCCACUGCUGGACAUAUCAGCUUGUGUUGAUAACGACCUGCUCGUGAAAUAUGGCCUCCAACCAGAUGAUGCAAUCAUGGCUGAAGACAAACACAUGCCUCUGUACCAAGAGCUUAUUGAUAAUUACCCUGCAGAAUUCAUAGCGGGAGGCAGUGUACAGAACACCCUACGAGUGGCACAAUGGAUAUUGAAAAUACCCAAUGUUUGCACAUACUUUGGUUGUGUAGGCAAUGACAAUUAUGCCAAGAUAUUGAGAGAAAGAGCUACGUCGGAAGGAGUGACAGUCCACUACCAGGUGUCGGAACAGGCGCCGACAGGCACGUGCGCCGUGCUGGUGACGGGCACGCACCGCUCGCUGUGCGCCAACCUCGCCGCCGCGCAGAAGUUCACCCCCGACCACCUGGACAAGCCCGAGUGUAAAAAGAGCAUCGAGAGCGCCAAGUACUUCUACGCCUCUGGUUUCUUCGUAGCGGUGUCUCCAGAGUCCAUAAUGCUGUUAGCAGACCGUGCGCACACCGGCGGACACACGUUCAUUAUGAACUUGAGUGCGCCCUUCGUGUCGCAGUUCUUUAAGGAACCGCUGCAGAAGUUACUGCCCUAUGUUGAUGUGUUAUUCGGCAAUGAAUCGGAAGCGGACGCAUUCGCCAAAGCUUUUAACAUAGCUGAGACGGACUUAAAAAAGAUCGCGUUAGAAAUAGCGGCACUGCCCAAACUUAAAUCAUCUAGGGAGCGAGUGGUGGUUAUAACCCAGGGAAAAGAUCCGGUGAUACUUGUGGAGGGGACAAAAAUAAUGCUCAUUCCUGUGACAGAACUUUCUAGAGAACAAAUAGUAGAUACAAAUGGCGCUGGCGAUGCUUUCACGGGGGGAUUCUUAAGCCAAAUGGUGUUGGGCAAACCUUGGGAUGUAUGUGUCAAAUGUGGGAUAUACACGGCUACCCACAUUAUCCAGCAUUCUGGUUGCACUUUUAGCGGUAUUAGCGACUUUAAGGAGAAUUAAUAAUUUUUGGAAUGGUUCAUUUUGUACUUGCUACACUUAUACAUAUCAAUGUUUUGCAACUGUUUCAUAAUGAUAAACCCUUGUGAAUGUGAUCUCGCAAAAAAGCGGGAGUAGAUGAAAUAGAAAUCGUCGAAAUACAGAUUUCCUCCAUUUAAAUCUUAGAGUAUAUUAAUAUUAUAAAUGUGAAAGUCGGUUACCUUUAAACCGCUGGAGUGAUUUUGAUGUAUUUUGGUAUAGAAAUAAAUUAGAACUUGGAACUGAACAUUGCUACUUAUCCAGGAAGUAUUAAAUUUCACGCACAAAGCUGUGGAGAUAAUGCAAGGGGGAAACUUAUAUAGAAAAUGGGUAUUUUGAUGCCAAAUACAAAAAGCUUGACUUAAGAGCUUUUUCAAAUGUGAAUACUUCUUGUUGCGAGACCAUUUACCUACUUAGAAUAAUUUCAGAAAAUCCCCGCAGGUUCGGGAAUGAUAAAAUGAUCUACACAUGAAAUCACGGGUAAAAUAGAAACUUGAAAUUUUAGCAAUCAUAGACGCCGUAAAUGACUCGAAUCCUCUAUCAAUAUGGCUGGUGUCUAUUAAAGCUAAUGGAGUUAUUAAAGAUUCUAGUAAUCUAGAAGAUUUAGAAGGCCUUAUAUAAUAAAUAUUCCUAGUUAAUAAUAGUUAUACGAGUAAUAAAUGAUAAACGGGUUUAACAAAUACUAUAUGAGAUUAGAACAUAUUUUUAUAGACCAUGUAUUAACAAUAAUAAUAUGCUCCCGAACGAUUCGACCACGGCGGCUAAUCUCAUGUUGAGAUUAACCAUGUACGCAGGAGAUAUUAAGCAAGAUAUUAAGACAAGCACAUGUUGACUCUCUUUUCCCCUCAGUCUCAUAGUCUGAUGGUUUUACGUACUCAACGAGGCACGGGGUUUAAUUAAUUCUAUGAGGGAUCCCUUAUUUCUUCUAUAUCCUAUCUUCCUAUGAGGGAUUCUUUAAUUUGAGGUGAUGUAAUCUAAAACGCUUGAAUUGCAAUAAUAAUAAAAUAAAAUAUACCUACGUCAUUUUAUAGCCUAUAUUAAAACAAAGUUGUAAUAAUAGAUUUUUUCACUUUAGGAAUAAUGGUUAAUAAACACUUUGUGUGGUGAGGAUUGUUUUAGGUGCCCAUUUCUUAUAAGCUACAAUUAAAAAAUAAAAACAAAAGAGAUUAUUGAAGGUAGAACUAUAAUUUAACAGAAAAUCAACAUCUGUUGGAGCAUAAAGAAACAUAAACUUAUCUAAAAACUGAUAAUUAUGUGAUGUUUACGACAUUAUUUUUACUGUAUUUCUUUCGAAAAAUGGCAAUAGUCUAAACUUUCUUAUAUGUAUACUAUUCAAAAUUUAAUGGUCAUUUUAGCUUCAAAAAUUAAAAAUUACAAAGUGUCUAAAGUUAUGUAACAAACUUAACAAUGGUUUGCAAAAAGUACAAAGUAAUUCAAAACAAAAAAUAUGUUAAAUUAAGAUGGAAUGUUAUCUUUUAUAGAAAACAAUGUUUCAAUGUAAUUGAUAUAAGUACAUAUUAAAAAUACAUGUUACCUUAACUAAUAAUAAGAAAAAACAAAUCUUUAAUGAAAAACAUAGAAUAUAGUCAAAAAAGUAUGUCAUGUGUAACAACUAUAAGUAAUAAAAUUUAAAAUGUAACAUUAACUAAGAAACUUAAUAAAGUAAGUAUGUAUUGUACUUAACUUGCUGCAAAGUGACAUACUAAUACUACUUAUUAAAAUUGUUAUAUCUUGACAUGAGCUUGGAACCAUUGAAACAGUAACCAAUCAAUACCAAACCAAAUACUUAAUUAACCAAGUACUAAAUAACUUGAAAAAAAAAUUUUGGUAUUUGAGCUUGGAACCACUGAAACAGUAAUCUAGUAAUACUAAACCAAAUACUAAAUUAACCAAGUACUAAAAACUUAAAAAAUUUUUUUUGGUAUUUGAGCUUGGAACCAUUGGAACAGUAACCAACCCAUAAUAAAUCAAAUACUAAAUUAACCUAGUACUAAAUAACUUGAAAAAUAUUUUUUGGUAUUUGAGCUUGGAACCACUGGAACAGUAACCAACCCAUACUAAACCAAAUAUUAAAUAACUAGAAAAAAAAAUUGGUAUUUGAGCUUGGAACCAUUAGAACAGUAACCAACCAAAUAUUAAAUCAACCAAGAACGAAAUAACUUGAUAAAUAAUAUUUUGGGAUUUGUAUAUAACCACAUUCUUACACUGAGGGCUGAUUUCACCACCAACUGCUGAUAGCUUAUUCACAAAUGUCUUUGUCAUUUGACUUAUAGUAAAGUGAUAAAAAAGACCCAAACUCUGCUAUGGGACACUUAUUGGGGAAAAAGCUGACAUAAUAAAUGUCUAAAAAAAAUUACUUAUCUUGGCUACAAUCUUAAAGACUUAAUUUUUCAAAGACAACAAUACUAUAUGGCUAUACUAUUCAGUCAUCAUAAUAUAGGAACUAUAUGCCCCAAAGUCUCAGACAUUUAUUGGGCAGAUAAAAUUUAAUUAAUAUACUAUUAACUUAUUCUUCCUUACAUAACAGAAACAAAAAAAUUAAAUCUAAUGACCAACAACAAUAACUGUUGCUAAGCAACAGGUUUACAAAAAAAAAAAAACUUUGACUACCUUGGGCUAAGGGCUCCUACAGACUGCUGCUAAUGGUACAAAUAAUAUGUUGGUACACAUCCUAAGUAAUGAGAAAUGACCAUUGAAAGACAUGAAUGUGACCACUAGAACUUAAGACACAUUAAACUAUGUGUGCUACAGAUUCCAUAAAUGUGAUCUCUGGUCUCUGUCAUUCAGGCAUAGCUUAAUACAUUAUACCUAGGAGACUGAACAACUAACUUGAAAAUAUGAAAUAAAAUAUCAAAAAUCUUAUUUUACUUAACACAAGGAACAUUAUAAGACAGAACUAUAUUUUUUAAAUAAUACUUUCAAUUGAUUUGGACUUUUAGAACACACUGGUUGUUCGAAACUAAUUAGUCAUAAUAAUGUCUUAUUUAAAAACUAUGCUAAGUUUAACAACAUGAACCUCCCAGUGUGGAACUCCUUCCUCAUCACCAAGUAGAGGCAUACAUCUAUAGUCCUCUAGUAUAAUGAAGUCCCUAAACCAUAUCUUACUUGCACUGCGAGUGAUUCUUCGGGUAGGUAUAGUGAUACUACUAAAGAAAUUUAUGGUAUCUUUGACUGUGUUGUAACACUUACUGGAGUCUUGUGACAUACUGGCCGAACUAAACGAACAAUCUUGUUUAAUUUUUGUGUAAUUUUUCACUAUGUUUGUCCUGCAACAAAAUCAUUACAAAUAUGUAUAGGUACUGAAAUAUUGGAUACUCUUUUGACUAAAAGAAUUUACACGAACGAACAAUGUGCUGCCAAAAAAGUUUUUAAAUUGAUCAGUGUGUGUGUCCCAUAAGUAAAUAACUAAAUAGAAAAAUUACAUUGUUGUAUUAUUUGACACAAGUAAUACAUUAAAAAUGUACUACAAAUCUAAAUGUAUUCCCAACGGAAAUGAGAGUUAUGCUGGUGAAACCGCAGGGUACCUGGUGGUAGAUUAUAUUACAGCAAAAACUGCAUGUUUGACCAAACCUAUGAUAUUGUUUAUUACACACAUUUUUAUGAAUUUGAGUUAAAAUUGUAGUCUGCAUUUUGUAUGUAUUAUAAUUUGUAAUACUUCUAAUGCUGCUGUUGUGGUACAUUAUACAAUUGUAUUUUCUAACAUGAUAAUUAUGUUCUAUAAAUUCUGAAAUAUGCAGAUUCAGUUUGUGAAAAUGUUAAUAUGGAAAACCUUUGUUAUAUUUUGUUGAAACUGAGUUGAUUAAUGAAUAUAAUAUAGUUGUAUGUACUUAUGUUUGGUAGUUUGAUGUGAGUUAAUAAAACAUGUUUUCUACUGAA